CACUUCUCCCUCAGAAAGCGGCCAGCAUAAAACACACGGCCACCAGUUGAAUAGAAAGAUUCGUCCAGGGACUGUAGGCGACUAAAACGGGAGACAGAAGACCAUAGAAAUGACGACAGUGGGUGUGAAAGCUGACCCCCUCGAUGGGACCCUCCCCCUCCGCAUCCCGAGUUAUUCCUACCAGUACCCGACGUUCCGUUCCGUGCAACUAGCCGCGGUGAAAGAGGGGUUAUAUCAUCCCCGUCUCCCCACGUUUAGGCGCAUGGAUAUGGACACGGCUGCCCACAAACUAUCUGAGGAACACUGUCGGACAACCACCACAUGCGGACCAGUCGAUUUCCGACGUGCCACGACGACACAUUUCAUGCCACCAGAAAACAAACUUUCCACAUUGAAUGUCACACAGACUGGCCGAGAUAUCCACAGAUAUUACACAACACCAGAAGAACUGAAGACAACGCGAAAAGACUGGUCUGACUUCCUAAACAAGUCUCCUGAAAGAUACAACAUCAACUUACCAGAUUUACCGUCAAACAAAGAUUUAGCUUUCCAAGGUUACGCUGUUCGUUACUUAAAACCUGAAGUGACAGGUUCUUGGAAGUGCGCGGUACCGGGAUACGUAUCCGCAGUACAGCCGCAACAUCGCGACAGAAGCCUGGCGCUAGGUUACACCCAUCUCUACGGAUCACGAAUUGGCUGCGAAGUCUGCGAGAACUUCAAAUAUCCCCAAAAUAUGGACAGCCGUCAAAUCAGAGACAAUUAUUACAAAACUAUUUAUAAAAAGCACAUCUGUGAUCAUGAGAAAGAAGUAUUCUAGUAUUUAUUUUAUUGAUAAAGUUAUGUAUUAAAAAUGUGACAUUGUACUCUUUAAACUAUUUUCACGUGUCUGUCACAAUAUUGUCCUAGGAUGUUUUCUGGUCCAUCAUGGUCACAACCAGGAAGGUCAAUUGCUAUUUUGUCACAGCGUUUAUUCAGUCAGUUACUACUUUGACUGACAGUGCAUUUUCAAUUCCAUCUGCAUGGUUCUCAAGUGAAACCUACGUUAAAAAAGAGGUUCAUAUUUUGAUCCGAUAACAAUGUAUGUUUUUUCUCUGGUUGAUGUCACCAAGGCUAUAGUUGAUUGUUUUAUAUUCUCGUUUCUAGGCCUAUCAGACAAAGACACAUUAUUUCAUUGCAUUUCUGACAACAGACAACGCGAUAUCCUUCGUCAAAAUCCCACCUUGUUUUCGUCUUCGGAUCAAAAUAUGAACCUCUCUAUUUUGAGUGAGGACCUGGUCGUUCUGGGCUUGGUUUUACCAGAGUCUUUUUCUGGUUAUACUAACGCGAAAAAUGAAAUGAUCUUCAAAUCCUUUUAUAGUAUGGAUACUGUGAUAUCCGCAUUUGCACUGUAAAUAAUUUGUGUUAAUGU